AUGCUUAUCAAUAAAACUUUUGCAUUUUUCUUUGUACUGUUUGCAGCUCAAUGUUUGUGUGCAGAAAGCGCAGUGAACGGCACGUGUUCGGGCGCGUUUUGGAAGUACAACGAGUUCUGUGAUUGUUGUCUCAAGCUAGUUGACGGGACAACGUAUGAUGUCGCAAAAGCCGAUUGCGUGGCGAGCGGCGGGAAAUCGCUGACAAUCAUCAAUGACAAGGAAAAUGAAGGAUAUUUCAAGUUCGCAAAUCAAUCCGGUGUCCCGAAUGCGUGGAUUGGGUUGAAAAUGAGAAACGAGCAUUGUGAGUCCUUUUUUACUUUUGUUGUUUGCUACCAAUGGCAGUGGUCGGAUGGGGGUCAAGUGUACAAAUACGCGAACUGGGGACCCGCUCAGCCGGAUAAUCAAACCGGCGACGAAUUUUGCUUCGAUCACUCGCCGAAAUGGAAUGAUUUUCGAUGCAACACGUUUGGAUUGACGAUCGAUGAAGUGGCCCCGGAUCGCUUCAAACAGUGUUGGUUUUAUUCAAAUGGAACGGUUGUUCUCGAUGAAGCGUACAAUGCCGAUCUUACGUGUCAAAUCAACGUAGGCAGAUUUCCGUUCGAUACCCAGGUGUGCCCUAUCCAGUUUGCAGCACCCGCUUAUGGAUGGUAUCGAAUCGAUCCAAAAGCGGAGCUCUUCACCAAAUAUGACAAACAUAUGGGUGUUGCACAAGGAAACGGCGAGGUUGUCAUCACGAAAGUUUCACUGCAAGAAAUGAUGAUCAAUGGAACGAAUUCUGAAGGAAACAUGAACGCGAUCGGAUUUGCUGUCGAAAUCAAAAGAGAGCCAAGUUUUUACAUCUACGUGAUCGUGAUCCCGUGUUUUCUGCUAACAUUUCUUUCAGUGAUCGGCUGUUUUUGGACGGCUAACGUGAAAGAGGAACAACUACCAAAAUUAAGCAUUGCGCUUACCAGCAUGAUGUCAAUGACAACAUUCGUUGAUAUGGUUUCUCAGCAAAUGCCAAAAACGAAUCAUUUUCCAUUACUAGGCAUUUUUGUGCUCAUUUGCGUUUUCAUCACUUCGAUCGGCUGUGUGGCACUCUGUUCAAUCUUCUCAGCGAUCCUCAUCGGUUCCUUUGGGAUUCUGUAUCCACUUGUGAUCUUGUCAACAACGAAACCCUAUCAAAAUUACGCAAUGCAACGAUUAUUUCACAUUCAACCGGCAAAGGGGGAUGAUUCUACUCUCGCUGCCAAAAAUGGACCCACCUCAUUGACCGGUGCCGAAUCUACUGCUGUG